AUGGGUUUCGGCGACGAGAUCAAGGAAGUCGAGAACGCCGUUGACGGACAGACGUACGUACCAGUCUUUUUGGAGGACAGCAUCCACAGUCUUGCUGACCGCACCAGCUCUGCCCAGCAGCAGACCCAGAACAAGUCCGACUCCGGCAUCGACACCGUCCUCGACAGCGCCGUCGACGGCCUGGCUUCGCGCGAGGGUGUUUCUGCCGCCCUGGACCCCGAGAUCAACAACGUCGUCAACGACGAGGUCAACAAAUUCCUGUAA